GAUUCCAGUAGAAAACCGAGAGUCUGGGGUUCGGUUGACCCGAAAAUCCGGAACACAUAACAACAGUCGUGUCUGAACUGAAAACUCAGAAUCUGAGCAGGCCUUGGGCUAGAGGUGUCAACUAGGCCAUAUCUUAUUCAUGUUUAGGCCUUUUAGUCGGAAUAAAUAGAGAGAUGGAGUCGGGAGAGAAGGAAGGAUAGAGGGAAACAGUAGCGGCGAUGAUGAUAUCGGAUCUCCCAAUGGAUAUGGUGGAGGAGGUGCUCUGUAAGCUUCCGAUGACAUCUCUGAGAAGAGCUCGAUUCACCUGCAGAAGAUGGAACAACACUUUAUCAAAAGAUUGGAGCUUUACAAGAAAGUACAAUGGUGAAGCAGCAAAGAGGAAGGAGUCUCAGGUGGUGAUGGUACUCGAAUACAAGGUUUACUUGAUGAGCGUCAACCUCCACAAUCCAUCUCCAUCUAUCGAGCCUAUAGGUAAACUCGACGACGCUGGAGUCGACAUAAUUAAUGUCUUUCACUGCCAAGGUUUGUUGUUAUGCGUCACCAAAGACAGAACGAGGCUUGUUGUUUGGAACCCUUUUAGUGGACAAACAAGGUGGGUCCAAUCCAGAGAUUCUUACGACAUCCGUGACAGGUAUGCUCUGGGAUACGAGAAGAAGAACAACUACUCGCUCAAAGUCUUGAGAUUUGUGGAUGACUACGACCGCAACUUAAAGCGCCGAGUAUAUAAGUUUGAAAUCUUUAAUUUAAACUCUAGUUCUUGGAAGGUUGUUGAUUUCAAUCCAGACUGGAUUAUACAGUUUUUUUACCGCGGCUUGUCUUUCAAGGGCAAUACUUACUGGUUUGCCGAAAACAAGGUUGCACCAGGCAAAAUAGGAAGAGUAUUUUUACUCUGUUUCAACUUUACAACAGAGAGUUUUGGACCGCGUCUGCGUCUGCCUUUUCGCGGUCACUAUGGAGAUACAUUGACUCUAUCUAGCGUUAGAGAAGAGCAGCUUGCUGUCUUGUUUCAAGAAUGUGCACCUCCAUACACCUUGAAGGUUUGGAUUAGUAGCAAGGUUUGUCCCAAUGCAGUGUCGUGGAACAAGGUGUUCUUAUCGGUUGAUAUGAGACCACUAAUCGGUUUUCAGUUUCAUUGUUUCGCUGGAAGUUUCUUUGUUGAUGAGAAGAACAAUGCCGUUGUGGUUAUUGAUAAGACUAGAGGUCUUCCUUUCACUAUUCGUAAUAUGGCUUAUGUUCUUGGUGAAAAUGGAUACUUCAAAUCAGUCGAUCUUGGUGAUUUUGCACCCAUGAAGUGCUGGCCACUUGUGUGCUCUUAUGUUCCAAGCUUGGUGAAAUUCUAGCAAUCUGCGCCACCAGGCAACCUGAAGGAACACACCAUCUUAAAUCUUAUCAACUUGUUGUCGUCCUCUUUUGUUUCACACUUGGGUUAUUUAAAUGUGGUUUUAGUAUAAAGUUGGAUUCCUGGUAACUGCGUCGCUUUUGUUCUUGUUUGGUACUCUUCUUUUAAACCCAAUAGAAUUUUUAGGAGAAAAAAAAACAUUAUUAAACU